CUGGUUUUUUUUCUCCUCCCUGCCAGCAGCGCAUACUACCGCGCUUACACCGGCCCUGACACCCUCGUUUCCUUCGCGACGAGUGAGAGAUAGAAAGAGAAGGUCAUUAGAAGCAGUGAAGUUCCUUUUCGCCUAGAGCGACGCUGCAAAACAAAACAAAUGCAUCCUCCGGAACCUGUCCCACGUGCAGCGUAGGAGCCCAUUUUGUCUCUCAACUGGAGAGGCGAACCAAGUUGCGGGCUGCUAGACCUGCGAGAAGGCUCCUGCAUUCUCAACGAAGCUCUGUGAACGGAUAGCACGCGUAGAUUCGUCCUCCGCUCGCGAUGCGUGCAGUGAAAGUGUGACCACGUCGCCGUUGUUGACGCUGUUUGCUGGCUAGCGCAAAGGGACACUUCGGAGGCUCUGAGCGGGGAGCUUAGCGCCAACCGACGUCUCUUCCUCUUCCUCGUGCAAGGACGCACUUUCCGUCGUGCUGUAGGCGUCAGAUAGAGUCGGUGGUGUUGGCACCGCAGGCCAACGGUGCUCGCUCUGUGAGUGCAUCGCAAACGGCCAUAGCCUUUGGCUGUUGUUAUUGUUUUCGUCCGUGUGGUUGAGCCAGGAACGAACAGACGAAAAUAUGGAUUCCGGAGCAGUGCUUCUGAACGUGUCGAGGCUGGGAAACGAGCUUUCGUCAAACUACUACGACAACCUGGCGUUAGAUCGGCAAAUCAAGACCACCACCUUUGAUGGCCCACUUGGAGCAAAGCUGCCGAUCCAGAGUGAAGUGAACGGAAAUGGCCGCCAGAACGGGUUCAGAAACUUCGAGAGUAUCGACCUUGCCUGGAGGAACCUUACCUACAAAGUCAAGUCCGGCAGAACCAGUAGGAACCUGGUACAGAACAUGAGUGGCGAAGUGCGUUCUGGUACACUAACAGCAGUCAUGGGUCCUUCCGGUGCUGGCAAGACGACAUUGCUCAACUUGCUUACGGGUUUCUAUGACAAGGGCUACACGGGAGAAGUUCACAUCAACGGCUACGUGCGCGAACGGGAGCUGUUCAACAAGCAGAGCUGCUACGUCAUGCAGGAAGACCGUCUGCUGCCUCUUCUGACGGUAUUCGAAGCCAUCUCCAUGAGCGUUGAACUGCGAAUGCCGAACAUUGAACCAAAGGACAAGGCCAAGAAGGUAGAGCAGUCAAUACAAGAAUGGGGCCUGGAGGUGUGCCGAAACACUCUCACGGAGAACCUGUCUGGCGGCCAGCGGAAGCGGCUAGCCAUCGCCCAGGAGCUGGUCAACAACCCACCUGUUCUGUUCCUCGAUGAACCUACAAGUGGUCUGGACAACGUAUCUAGUCUCAUGUGCGUGCAGAUCCUCAAGCGGAUGGCAUCCAUGGGUCAUACGGUCGUUUGCUCCAUACAUGCCCCCAGUGCCAAGAUAUUCUCUUAUUUCGAUAUGCUGUACAUGGUCUCCGGAGGACGGUGCAUCUACAAUGGUGAAGUGGAUAAUCUUCUGGGAUUCCUUUCGAGACAAGGCCUGCAGUGCCCACCGUUUCACAACCCCGCCGACUACAUUAGCGAGAUAGCGUCCGGCGAGUACGGCGACUGCUGCGAAAGGCUGAGCGACGAGUUCGAGCUUCCCGAGCCGGAUAGAAGCGCGGUCGUCCAAGGGACACGGUCAAAGUACGGCGGAGUGAUCAUGACCAACGAGGUACGUUGUGCAUUUAUUGCAAGCCUGUUGUGUUGGAAGAAAUGUACUUGCAUUCGCUGGCUUGAAAGUAAAUUGGUGACAGGCAUUGCAUUCUCAAAUCAAACGUACCUUCCAACACUUUCUAAGGCUGCUACUUUUGCACCAGUUACACGCACCAAAUCAUGGCACUAAAGUUAUUCGAUCGAGAAGGUUGGAAAAUCGGCACAGGCAAAGUUCAACUGGAAAUUUGGCGGCUUCUCUUACAUCAUUUCACUUUCCUGGCAAUGUUUCACUGUCGAGCCAAUCACAACGC